AUGGACGUGCAUCUGCCGUCUGUAAGCUCAUUUCCAUGGACUCCAAAGCGCAGUCAGAACAAGCUGAGGCUGAUCUGCCAGUUCAUCUCCGGUCUGCAGCUCCCCCACGAUGAGCAUCCUGGUGUCGACAGGGUGUCCGUCAUCCUGCCUGCUCAGAGCACGCUCCAGCAGCUCAGGAUGCACGUCUCCUUCCAGGUGCAGGAUCGCCAUCCAGAUCCCCUUGCAAUACUGGAUCCAGAGAGGUACACUCUGCUGUAUGCUAAGAUGGAAGACUGGUACGAGGCCUAUGACGACUGCCAGAUCAUCAGGACGCUGAACCUGCCGUGGUGGCAUGACAACGCUGGACUGCUAACAGCCCACAUGGUGCUAAAGGAGAAGGCGGCGGUAGAUUCAGAGUGGAAGCAGAAGCAACAUCACCUGCUGGCCUUCCUGAUCGGACACAAUUUGGAAGAAGAGGUAUCGGGCAGACUUGGAGAGCUUGCGUACACCCGCAGGAAACUGGCAUCUUCCAUCAAUCAGGAGAUAAAGCGUCGAGAUGACACAUUGUACACCACAGAGCCUUGGAUUGUAAACACCCCCGUCCCGGAUGACUUAAAGACCCUGCUAAACAGGAAGCUCCUGGUCACACUACAUUACAUGAACCAGAUCAGCUUCAGUAUCCAAGUGGAUGUUAGCGCAACACCUGAUAUCCUUCUCAAGAUUCAAGAUUCAAGAGAGUUUUAUUGUCAUGUGCAUGGUAAAACAGCAGUUAUACCAUGCAAUGAAAAUCUUAUUCUGUUCAUUCUCCCAAGAAAAGAAAGAAAACACAAGAAAAAGCAGGACAUUUCUGACACUUUGGUGCUGAAGGUAUCUAGAAGAGAGGAGUUUCUAUCAGGGGACUACCCCCUAAAGAAUUUCCAGUGGGUGCAACAGUGCUUGAAAGACAAUCAAGACCUCCACCUGUCUGUGGUCCCUGUCUCACAGCUCCUAAAGGAGAUCGUCUAGUUGGAGGACUUGCCGCUUGUGGAUGCUUUCAGGGGCACUUUCAGCUCCCAUGAAGAUCUCUGCCUGGAAGGGAAACAUUUGUAAGACAUCUUCAUGAUAUCCCUGUGGGAUUGCAACAGAAAGUUCCGUGUCAAACUUAUCGGCAUUGACGUUCCAACGCUGCCGAGCCAAUCCCUGCAAUGGGUUUUUGUGGAUGCAUCAAUACUUUAUGGCAACAAGGUUCUCUCAUCAGUGUCUUCAACUCCAAAACUCUUCGCAGAUGAAGUCCUGUGGAACGAGUGGCUGGACUUUGAUGUAUCGCGUGGCGCCAAGCUGGGCUUCACCAUUACACCAGCAGCAGUGACAACAUCUGACGUGGCCUAAAGGAAGGUGAAGGUGCUCUACUUCGUCAAUCUUCUCCUGAUAGAUCACAGGUCGCUCCUCACACAGGGAUCCAUCACUCUGCACAUGUGCUCCCACCAUGACCAGGAGGAUGAGGCCAUCACCUACCAAGCAGACAAGCUGUCCUGUGCUAUCAACCCAGAUAGCGCCAACUCCAUGGCCAUUAGCUUCCUUCUUGACUGCUACAGCUUCCCCGUGGUUCUCCCAAAGUGUUUUAGCCACACUCCCAACACGAGCAGAUCUCAUUCUGCCAAUGACAAACAAGCCAAUGAGCCUGAAACCUUCAGACCCUUUUCUCAAGGCGUUCAAAACAAGGCUGGCCUCAGAAGAUUGAGGGAGAAGAGCGUUUGCUACGGCCCUAACCUACCCAAGUUCCUCUGCACCGUGGAUUGGAUGAACAGCAGAGUGGUGGAAGAUGUCCACUGGUUGGUGGCAAACUGGGACCCGGUAGAACUGGAUGUGGCCGUGGCCCUGGAGCUGUUGAGCAUGGACUUUGCUGACGAGGUGGUCAGGAGAUUGGCGGUCCAGAGACUGGAGAGCCUCUCUAAUAACGGCGUUCUCAAGUAUUUGCUGCAGUUGGUGCAAAGCAUCAAAGUGGAAGCGUACCACGAUAGCGUCCUCGCUCGCUUCCUCAUCCAAAGAGCCUUAAGGAGCAAGCGCAUCGGCCACUUCUUCUUCUUGUACAUACGCGGGGAAGUGACGGCGUGUCCGUAUUUCCGGCAGCGCAUGGCCGUGGUUCUGGAGGUCUACUUGCUAGGCUGCAGUCAGGCCAUGCUGGACGGCUUUGCCCGGCAGGUGCAGGCCGUGGACGCCCUGCAGGAGGUUGCCGUCAAGAUGAAAAGACUCUACCCUGAAAAAACAGGCCUUCCUCCUACAGGUAAAGACAUUCUGGAAAGAUAUUUGCAGGCUCUGAAUUCCCCUGAUGUGGUGCAUUUGGGAAUAAAGUACUCCUCUAAAGUGUGGCUUAACUUCACCACCAUCGCCUUCACUCAACAGCUCCUUCAAGACAGCGUUCUUCCUGAGUUUCUGCUGCCUUUGGACCCCCGCAUCAAAGUAGGACGGAUUCUGUGCUUAUGGAGUGAAUCACUCAACCAUAGGAACAAUUUACAAAGGCAAGGUUUGAAUUAUGGAACAUGUGAAGACUUCUAUACCAAUGGCAUCCACUAUCAUUACAAAGAGGAGUCUAACGACGACAAAGAUUUGUCCUUUCUUCAAUAUCUCCGCCUCCUCCUCCACCACCAACGACGUAUGCUCGACCACUCCUCUUCAAAGACUUUACUGGUGAUACUGGUGAUGGACUCAAUCUGGCAGCAGCAGUCACUGCACCUCAACCUCUUACCGUAUGGCUGCAUCUCCACAGGACACAACGUAGACAUGGAACAGUUUCGCAAGGCUCUGGCACACCAAGGACACAUGGUGGGUAGCCAUGAGAAAUCGCUCCAGGGGAUUAUGGAAGCCCUCUCCGUGCUUUCUACUAACAUGGAGGCAUUAAACCAGCGACUUGGACACUCUUCUCUGCUUCCACCACCAGAGGGCGGUACCUCCGCUACAAGACUCAACGCUCGACAAGCCCGCUGGUCACUAUUCCUCACUCGCUUCAACUUCUCAAUCACUUACAGACCCGGUUCACGCAACAUCAAGCCCGAUGCUCUGUUCAGAGUCUUCAGCUCCACGGAGGAGGAGAGGACGCCAGAGACUAUCAUACCUGUGGCUUGGGUGUUGGGUGCACUCCAGUGGGAGGUGGAGAGAAGGGUGUCGGAGGCAACAGACGGGAGGAGACCACCUGAGGGUUGUCCUCCAGGUAGACUAAUUCGUUCCAGAGGAUUUAAGACUAACGGCCAGACAGAGUGGGCCAACCAGGACCUGGAGACUGCCCUACGUUGCGUCUGUCACCGGCACCCAUCCUCCUGGGCCCCCCACCUCCCCCAGCUGAAUACGCACACAACACACUCCUCAGCUCAGCCACAGGAGGCGGAAGUUGCGGUGCCAUCCGUGCAGGUUGGCGACAAGGUCUGGUUGUCUUCCAAGGACUUACCUUUAGCAGGGACGAAUAGGAAGUUGGCGCCCAGAUUUGUGGGUCCCUACACCGUGGACUCCAUCAUCAGCUCCUCCUCCAUGAGACUCAAACUGCCAUCCAAUCUCAAGGACACGUGCGUUCAGGCUUCCCUGGCGCUGCGUUCACACUCGGGUCUGCUGGUGACGCUCUUCUCCCUCAUGCUGCUGACGGGCAUGCCGGAACUGAGUGCCGCAGAGGACAUGCAGUACCUGCGGGAGGCACUGCAGGAGGACAGGAGCGAGGCGGAGGCGAAGGAGCAUUUCCUUCUGCAGAUUAGCAGGUGUCAACAUCUGGACUGGACUGUGCAGGCCAACUGGUGGAUCCACCGGAUGGCAAAUAGAUGAGAGAUGAUAUUAGAGGAACAUAGUUUCAAAUGAUUUCUAAACUUUGUGGUAGAAAGUGAAUUUGAGUGUUUAUGGUGCCCAAAACGGAAAUGCUAAAGUUCCGUCUGCCCACGCUAGCUUCAUUUGCUAGCUAGCUGGAUUACAUAAA